UCGAAAACUUUUUAUUUGCUGGUCUGUCCUAGGGAGCCCGAGGAAGCAAGCGGGAGGAAAAAUAAGCGAAAUCGUAAGUGAAAGUAAAGAAUAAGAGCUCUGUUCUGUCAAACGUAAGCUGCCAUCUGAGACCUUUUCACGGUGGGUUUCUUGACACGCCGUAUAAAUUUAUUAUAGGGAGCGAACACAGCGAAAAAUUUACACAGGAUUUUCAAUCAAUUUUGAGGCCUUGGGAGUUCACUUUGACGUUCCUUUGUAGCAGUCAGAUCUAUGUCGAUAAAACUUCACCGAUUUAUAAUAUAUUGAAUAUAUUAUUUGUUGAGUGUGUAAUCUUUAAAUAACCAUGUUGUUUUCAUUUGCUUCUCUUCCUAGAACUGUGAUCACCUUCUACACAGUGGACUCACUAUUUCCAGUACAGUGUAUAAGGUAACUUGGAAUACUUUUCUGACCUUUUUUGCUCAUUCAUUUACCUUACGAGAGAGUAAUGACCAUAUUGUAUUGAACUUCUGCGAAAUUGUCAAAAUUGUAGCGCGCGCAAAGCUUCACAACAAAGUCUAACUGUCACAAGAUAAUCAAGUUCCCCGGUUUCUCUCGCCCUCUCUAUGUUGAGGACAAUGGAAGACGCAACCUUCACUAGCGAAAAUUUGGCAUAGUUUAAUCGAUAACUGCAUUUCGUUUAUUGUCAAAAUAAGUGAUAGCUUUUUUAAAAAUCGUUGAAGAAAAUGUGGCAAAAUUAGCUAAAAUCAACCUUCACCAACCCAAAGCUUCGCGUGAGCAGUACAUACAGAGUCCACUUUUUCGGUAUUCGUGGACGUGUGGUGGCAAGAUACUCUUUGUAUGGUACGGAAUGUGUUUUUGUACAAAAGCCAUAUUAGCUUGAUGUUUUGAAAAGCUAAGCCAGGCUCACCACUGCUUAAUUCUCGGAAACUGAGCACGACUUAAUUUUCUCAGAAGUCACGCUAGACUAACUCUCGUCACACCAAGUCCUUACCAUACAGCCGACAACUCGGCCGUGACCUCUUCAAUUAUACGGGCUCCUGGUGUAACCGAGAAAACAACGGCUACCAGCAAGUUUUAUUCGUAUCCUUUUCCCAGUUUAACACUAGUCUUUCUUCUUCCGUGUUUCCUCACAACAGGAGCCCGUUGGAAAAAGAGAUGGCAAAGAGGCCUCGGCUCCCGCCUUUUCUCUCUUCAGUCUCUUCUCAUCUCCCAUGUUAAUUUUUCAGCCGUUGACUAACAGCGGUCGUUUCAGUCAAGUGGCGCGUUUAGUGAGUUCUGUUCGUCAGUUGUCCUCCAACACAUCCUCGGAGACCCAGGGGCAGAUAGUGGGGGCAAGGGAAAGUCUAAACGGGCGGAAAAAUAAGGAACGAAGAAAAGAAAAGAACGGCGAGAAGAGCCCCUGGGGACAAUGUCUUACCAGACCAGUUCCAAACGGUCGCCGCCGUUCUGUCUUCUGAUUGGUGCCAGAAAACAAGUUUUCUGGCACCAAUCAGAAGACAGAACGGCGUCGACCGUUUGGAACUGGUCUGGUAAGACAUUGUCCCCAGGGGCUCUUCUCACCGUUCUUUACUUUUCUCUUGUGCCAUAUUUUCCCGCCUGUUUAGACUUUCCCUCGCCCCCACUAUCUGCCCUGGGUCUCCGAGGAUGCCUCCAACAGAAAACUGCGGGGAUACUAAGCAACAAAACAACUUUGAGACGCUGUUUGUGGUAGUAACCAACAUGCGCAUGGUCUCUAUGGCCAAUAUGAAACUCAAUUUGGUGCAUGAAAUUCAGUAACUUAUUUACACUUUAUUCCACGAGAGAAGCGAAAUGCAAACCUUUUUCCGAGAGAUAUUUUUUCAGCAUACCGGUAUAUAUAGGUAUAGAAACAAAGUUAAGUUUAGGAAAAAUUGGAAAAAGGAUGAAAACGACUCUUCACUGCAUAGAAUUCCCAACUUGAUUGUUUCCAUAUUCGUGCUUCACGAUCCCGGUGGCAGUCAUGCAACAAUAGCAAAAAUUCUAAGGCGUAAAGGAAUCGUUUCUCAGAAACAGGUCACUAGACCGUGAAUUUCUAAGAACACUAUUUAGCCUGCGUAGCCGAAGAAGCGGGCCCGGUUUUUGGGGGGCGAAAUCUCGAGGACACACGAGGGGAGAAAAGGCUCCCCGUUACGUGUUCCCCUCGCGAGGCCUGUAAAAAAGAAAAAAAAAGGACCGGCUGAACACUAUUAAACACACACAACGUAAUUUGGUUAUUUAUACUAUUAACAGUAUUCAGUCAGCUACAGUUCGGGAUAACUGGCGUUGAAAUGCCAUUCAUUCAGUAUUUGUAAUUUUAACAUCUGUGACUUAAUCAAACUACUUUUGCAGCUCCCAUACUGACAUGAGUCCUCGAGUUUGUAAGAAGUUCGACAAGAAGCCAUGGCAAAAGUUGGAUCGGUCCACUUUACCUUCUAAGCCAGGAAUUUAUAGCCUUGCUCAUGAAAUACCAGGACGCCAGAAACGUAAGAACCUACGGCUGAAC